GCCACAUAGAACGGAUCUGCCAUCUUUACCAACGAUUUCGUUCGCUUGGCACGCAAAAAGGAGCAACUGCCGUGAAAAUUGUCUCGAUUUGUUUGAAUAGCGUUUCGGACCUCUACUCAAGCCUCUGGAAGUUGCUCACUCGAGCUAGGGUGCAGAAAGAAACGAUUCGGAACGAAGUGUUAAAUUUGCGCAGUGGCAUUCGAGAGAAAAGUUUAGUUUGGUGGCCACGGACCCGUUCCAUUUGGUGAUUUGACCGCGGGCGACGGGAUUUCUUUGUUCUGCUUUAAGAGGUUUGGAGUUUUGGCUGAAAACACGUGCUAUUGAGUAGAAUUCAAGUAACGGGACGAAACAAAUCCAGCGUACAAGAUUGUUGUUGGUGGCUGCGCUUUUGCGAUUAGAUCGUAAAAUCGAUCCAGAGGCCACAAUUGUGGUGGAAACAGUGCGCACGAUAGUGAGCGUAGUGAAGAGCGAAGCGAAGGCGUGUACAUUUUAAAGUGCAAAAAUGUCGUUCAAACAGCGAAAUGUUGCCAUGAUGGGGUAUCGUUCCGUAGGAAAAUCCUCCCUAAGCAUACAGUUUGUCGAAGGUCAAUUCGUUGAUUCCUAUGAUCCAACAAUCGAAAAUACAUUCACCAAAAAGACGCGCAUUCAAUCACUGGACUAUGAAAUUCGAUUGGUAGACACGGCCGGUCAGGAUGAGUACAGCAUUUUCCCCGCCCAGUACAGCAUGGACUUUCACGGCUACGUACUCGUGUACUCCAUCACCAGCCAGCGCUCUUUCGAAGUGAUAAAAAUUCUCUACGAUAAGCUACUCGAUAUAAUGGGGAAGGCAUACGUUCCGGUCGUGCUUGUGGGGAACAAAACGGACUUGCAUCAAGAGCGCACUGUACCGACCGAAGACGGUCGACGGCUUGCCGACUCGUGGAAGGCACAAUUUUUGGAGACCUCCGCCAAGCAGAAUGAAUCUGUUGCCGACAUCUUCUCGCUGCUGAUCGGUCAAAUUGAAAGGGAAAACGGUAACACGGUGGAGAAAAGUAGCUGCAGUAUUUCGUGAGCAGCUCAUUGUUGGCUGACUUUGGUAGGCGCCAUUCGAUGUUGGGGGUUGCAGUGGCGCGGCGGUAGUAAGAGGACAGUCAACGGCGACGGAUGAUGGAUGGAGAUGCCUCUCCCCCAUAGCACCGGCAUGAAUUGUUGCAUUCUUCAUUCGACAAAGUACACAAUGUCACAACACACCCACCAGUAAACAACAAAAGAAACCGAAAUUUUCCAGUGCGAGCACCAACACGCCCAUUCUGCGGAAAUUGCCCCUUCAAACCAAUACUUAUCACAAACUUUGUCCUUUAUUCUGAGCGCGAGCGCGCACGGCCUUUUGAAGGGAUAAUGGAGGAGGAACUGAUGGAAUGAGCCGCGGAAAAGGCAAUAGCAAUACGGUCUGGAAAGUAAUAACAAUUGGUGUAGCAAUGUUUACCGAGCUCAUGCUAUUAUGGAAAAAAUGGAAUCACCCUGGAAAAUAUCUACGAACGCGAGUUACGUUUCGAGUGACGAGUGACGCUGGCUUCGGAACUUCCCAACAAUGGUGUCGACCGUUCAGUGUGUCGCGCAAACCUUACUUUUCUAAUCCGGACGCACAAUGAUUGAAGAUUCCUGCGAAGGCCACCUUUAGUGCAUAGAUCAAAUACGGUUCUGAAUGGAGGCAGAAUAAGUGGGCGAGUUUAAUACUGAGCGGUGAUUGAGGUUGAGAACAGUUACUGAUCCGCAACAGACACGUGAGAAGAGUGCUCAGUUGAUCAUUGGAAUGAUAUUUGACUGUGGGGCGUUCAUAUAUUUUAGUUUUAAUUCAGCUGUACUAUAUUGUUUGAUUUUAAGCAGAGCAGAAUACUUCCAUCCGUUUCAAUGUUAUAAUAUAUUAAUGGUGAAAUAUCAUUUCUGGAAAAGCAGCAACAUUUUUCUGCUUAUUCCACUUAUUACUCACUCAACGAUCAGAAGAUGAGCAAAAGUGAAACCCCGAUAACAAUGACUUUGUGAUUUGCAGGUUGUCUCACCAACAAGUGUCUAAAUUAGCGGAACCAGUAGUGGCAGUUACCCAACGGCGUGAAAGUAAUCCGCGAACACUUCCGAAAUCCUGAAGAACCACAAAGCUCUAUAAUUAUAUGGACAGAUGAACGUUUGAAGAGGGUGGACACUCUGUAAUAUUAUAUUCAAUACUAUGUAUACUUGAUUGGUAUGAACUGUAUUUUGAAAUCUUUUAUUUGCAAUAUUUUCAAUUUCGUUUAACUCACAGCCAUCACUUUAGUUUAUUUCUGGUUGACUGCUAGUGACUGUAAAGAAUAAAGAAAUCCCAUUUGGUAUCAAUACGGUUUUUUUCAAAACUGAAACUAUUUUUACUAAGAUACAUUCAAUUUGAAAAGCAAUCUUUCCACAGAACAGCCCAGUUUUCGAAGAGAAUAAACAAGGACAGCAGUAAGCUGUAAGGAUACAGGAAUGGCGAAAACACCUUUAAAAGAAAAGAAAAACUAAGACAAAUUAUAAACCAGGCGAUAGGUAAUGUGCUGUAUAUUAACGGCAAAUAAAAGAAAUACAAAAAUGGCUUGUAGAGGA